AAGGUGCCGGGGUGGCAGCCUUGCGUUCAUCUCCAGGGCCGUGCGAAGUGCGAAUGGCAGUUGAGAAUGCCGUCUGCAGCCUUGACGAGGGCAGAAUGUCAUCCCCAUGCCAAGGAUUUCCCUCGCACAGAGCUGGUGAGGGUGACCCUUUCUGAAAAGUACAAGUAGCCUCAUAAGGCCUGACCAUGACCACGACCCGACCAUGACCAUGACCAUGCAAGAGAGAAGUUUAAGACCGAGGAAAAGUAAAGAAAGAAAACAACAACAUCAACACCAUUCCAAGUACACUCCGUACCCUGAAUUCCAACUCCCGAGGAAUGUCACGAUCCUGCCGCCCGUCUAAUUUCCUCCUUGCUGCCCAGUUGGUCAGCGUACAAGUACUCGUACCUUCCCCCCUGCCGUCUGCCGUCCCAGAAAGAACUGGAAUCUGGGAGCGCGUUGUCUGACUGACAGACAUUUCAUCGACUUCUCCUCCGUCUUCUCCUAUCUUUCCCUUCGAUCACACCCAUCCUAUAUCAUGAGAGGCCCUCGUGAAUGCCCUCGAUAACCUCUAUUUCUCUUCUCUGCAUGUUGAUGUGUCCCGGUCCAUGCCACCAUUCCCACCCACAUUCAAUCUGAUAUAUCAAACAUAAUGUGGAGGCGCGUUUACCUCUUUUUGAUCCUGGUUCGCCUGUAUUUUGCUCUUACCCCGAGCUAUCUACACCCCGAUGAAAACUUUCAAGGCCCAGAGGUCAUUGCUGGUAUGCUUUUCUGCUUCUGCUUUUGCCCCUCCAAAAUCCCGUUUGCGUGAACUCCUCAGAAUGCGAGUCUGGUAUCUGGCAGAUAAAGGGAAAUAGCCACGUUGAACCUUCUGUGCAUCUUACAUAUUCCAGCUCUUGUGCUAACAACCUCGCUUUAAGGCCAGAUUUUCAGCUACCCAGUCAAGUUAACGUGGGAAUUUACAUCGACCGAUCCUGUGCGCAGCGUUUUUCCCUUAUGGCCUGUUUAUGGUCUGCCGAUGCUCCUCCUGCGAUGGCUAUGGAUAGGAAAUGGAAAUGAUGGGGAAAUACCACCGAUCGCAGUCUUCUGGACUCUACGGGUCUUGAUGUUUGCCCUGAGUUUUGUGUUGGAGGACUGGGCUCUUCACGAAUUGGUACAAUCGCCUCGACACCGGCGUGUGGCUGUAAUGCUGGUUGCAUCAUCCUAUGUGACUUGGACUUACCAGACCCAUACCUUUUCAAACUCUAUAGAAACGUUGGCUGUUGCGUGGAGUCUUGUUUUGAUCCAGAGAAUAGUGGAAAGCAAGGUAUGAUAAGCUCUAUUCUCAAGAUAAUGGACGUUACUAAUCCAAAAAUAGCGGUCUUCUGUAUUUGCCACGGCCAUACUUGCAUUUGUGGUUGUGUUUGGGAUUUUCAACCGGAUCACUUUUCCGGCGUUUCUUAUAAUUCCUGGUCUUCGUUUGAUACCCCAUUUUUUCAAAAAGUAAGCUCUGAUCAAUCACUUGCGAUUUCCCCAACUAAUGUUUCGUAAAAAGACCAUUUGCUCUUGUUUCUGCUGUGCUCUCGGCUCUGUUUGCACUAUUUAUUGCCAUCUAUUUGGACACGAGAUUUUAUACGGAGCACCAAGUCACUUGGUCGUACUUAUUUUCUCACCCCACCAUCACGCCACUCAACAAUCUUCGAUACAACCUUCAAACAAGCAACCUGGCCACGCAUGGAUUACACCCAUGGUACCAGCAUACCCUCUUUAAUAUCCCAUUAUUGUUGGGGCCUGCCGCGUUACUUCUCCUGUGGCCUCAUCUCUCCAUGCGACUGUACUCGGCGAUAUCUGGAGUAUUCGUACUUUCCAUUUUUCAGCACCAAGAAGCUCGAUUUCUUCUUCCUGCAAUCCCUUUAGUUCUUUCCUCCGUACAACUGCCGAAAAAUCGGGUUCAUUUAAGAAUCUGGACUGGAAUCUGGAUCAUUUUCAAUUUAAUAUUUGGCCUUCUGAUGGGCGUCUACCACCAAGGAGGCAUUAUACCCACUCAGGUUUUUUUGAGCAACCAACCUGACGCGACAAAUGCCAUCUGGUGGAAAACAUACAGCCCACCCAUAUGGCUAUUGAAUGGGAAGAAUGAAUUCUUGAAAACUCACGAUAUAAUGGGGAUGAAAGGUUCUCUUAUGUUGGAAGAAGUAGGAGCAUUGGCUACAUGUCACAACCCUUCCACAAAUGAGACGGCAUAUCUUGCAGAGGAUGAGGGGACUUACCUCAUUGCGCCUCUGUCGGCUAAAUUCUUGGACACUCACAUCGCGGGUAAGACAUCUGGAUUGUAUUUCCAACAGGUUUGGCGGCAUCGAAACCAUCUUAACCUAGAUGACCUUGAUUUCGGAGAUGACGGGGUUCGGAAUACUUUGAGUAGGGUAGUGGGUAGGAGGGGUUUGGGAACAUGGAGGGUAACGAAGGAUUGUCCGAAGGGUUAAACAAUUCUCUCUCCUUGAAUAGUAAAAUAAAUUUCUCUUGAAGCCCCUGUUCUUUUUGAUAUACUAAGGGUGACAAGAUUCGAUGUUCCACAUGUUACAGUAAGAGUACCUCCACCCAAUCUACUUUUGGUGGUACCCUGACUCUUGCAAGAUUAAAUUUACCCAACUGUCCCUCAUCCUGUUGGUGAAUGUACUUGGC